AGCAAAAAGGACUAUGGAGGGAGAGAGAGGAAAGAGGGAUAAUGGAAGCUCUAGCGGUCUUUGGAGGAAAUCCCCGUGUUUCAACUUCAUCUCUUCAGUCAGCUUCAGCUACGAGUAAAAGGAGUUGGAGUGGGAGCUUAUCUUACACCCACAAUCUUACUCUGCGCACUCGCCAUCUUUCUGCAUUCCAUGGGUCUUCUUCCCUUUUCUCGUGUUCCCCAACUCUUUCCCAUGCUAAAAGGCGAGCCAGGAAGAUCAGACCCAAUAUCUUUCUUCCUCACUUGAUUGCUUCCAUGGAAGAUGUUGAAGAGACAUACAUAAUGGUGAAGCCCGAUGGCGUCCAACGUGGCCUGGUUGGAGAGAUAAUUUCUCGGUUUGAGAAGAAGGGAUUUAAAUUGACUGGCUUGAAACUUUUCCAAUGUCCCAAGGAAUUGGCCGAGGAGCAUUAUAAGGAUCUUCAGGCCAAGCCAUUUUUUCCUAAGCUUAUUCAAUACAUCACUUCUGGCCCAGUUGUGUGCAUGGCUUGGGAGGGUGUUGGUGUUGUUGCUUCUGCACGUAAACUUAUCGGGGCAACAAAUCCUCUUCAAGCUGAACCAGGCACCAUUAGAGGGGAUCUAGCAGUGCAAACAGGGAGGAAUGUUGUUCAUGGAAGUGACAGCCCUGAGAAUGGAAAACGUGAAGUUGCUUUAUGGUUUAAAGAAGGUGACUUAUGUCAUUGGACACCAGUUCAACAGCCUUGGCUGCGAGAGUAAUCUUCAGGAUGCGCAAAUGAUUUAAUUGAGAACGCAAUUUUGUGAAGUCUCAAUGAGGUUCAGACUGUCCAUUUUAUUGUGGUUUCAAGAAGCUGAUCAC